AGGAAGAGCCUUCUGUGGACAAUUGACCAAAGAGGUGUCUUUGGCGCUGGUAGAACAGAAGGAGAAUGUAGUCCAGUUCCCUCCUUCCCCAUUCCAGACUUUAGAAGAUGUCACAAAUCUUUGUGUUGAUGGAUUCGGAAGGAUUGAACUUGUUAAAGUGGAAAAUGAGAAGUAGAGACAUGUAGUGGACACCAAACAACAAGAGCAUAUCUAUUCAAAAAAAAUCCUCGAGCAGAUAUGUUCUCCAUUCGUUGUAAAACUAUAUCGCACAUUCAAGGAUCUUAAGUACGUAUAAAUUCUAGAGUCUUGCCUUGGAGGUGAUCUGUGGACAUUGCUGAGAGAAAGAGGCAGCUUCGAUGAAGCCAUUCCCAAAUUUUGUGUUGGGUGUGUGACAGCGGCUUUUAUUCUCUACCAAGUCAUGAAGCCAGAAAAUUUAAUCUUAGACGUGAAGGAUAUAUCAAAGAGGUAUUUGCUUUGA